AAAAAGAGAAAAGAAGUUCAUGAGGAACCUGUACAGAAAAAGAAAAAGGUGAAAAGUAGUAGGAGCCAGACUAUCAUUAAAAUUGAGAAAGAUAUUCAAACUGUCAUUAAAACUGAGAAUGAUGACCAGCUUGAGACAAAAACAAAGAUAAGGAAAAAGGAAAAUUUAAAAGAAGAUGAAUGUUUAGAUCAAUUAGAACUGAAGAAGAAGAAGAAGAAAAACAAGAAAAAGAGGGUUGGCUCUGAAUUACUGAAAGAAGCACAUUCAGAAAGCUUUGUGAAUGUAGAAGGCCAUCUGGAUUCAGAAUGUCAAGAAGAAUCAGAGGAACAAAUUAAAAUUCUCAAAAAGAAGAAAAAAGUCCAAUGUCAUUCCUCCUUAUCAUUGGAGAAUAAUCAGAGUAGUGAUGUGGAGUUUUCAAAUCAUAAUACAGGUGGUACUAAGGAAAAUGAAUUUGCUUUUAAACAAAGCACAAAGAAUACUGCUUUGAAUUUGGAAUGGGAUGGUGAAGUAACUAAGAAAAAAAAGAAGAAAGGCAUUUUUUCUUUAGCAUUAGAAGACAUCCAGGACAGUGAACAUAAACAGUCUGAAAAAGUUCGUAAAAAACCACACAAACACAUUUCACAAGAAAAAGGUUUUACCGGUGAAAACCAUGGAACAGAUGAUAUCCAGAAUGAUGGGGAGAGUUAUGUGAGGAGAAAGAAGAGGAAGAAAAAGAAAGAUAAGUCCGACUCCUUUUUACCACUAGCAGAUAAUCAGGACAACAUCUAUGGAGUUCCUGAUAGCCCCAUUGUAUUAAGUGACUUCAGAAAAAGGCAAAGAAAGAAUUUCCAGGAAAUUACAUUGACAAAUAGAGCGGAAGAGGACAUUACUGAGAACUCUGGAAGUAUCAGAGAGACCAAGAGGAAGAAGAAGAGAAGCAAAGAUGUUUCCUCCUUAACGUGUGAAGAUGAUCAAGACUACAGUCACAGAGUUCCUAAUAAGCAUCUCCCUGCACAGCAAGAAAUUGAGGAAGAGCAGCUUUCUGGAAAAAAAUGCAGGAAGAAUAUCAAGGAUAAUAAUGAAGAACAUGUGGAUGAUGUAACUAUUGUGCAGGAAAAAAAAGGAAACUGUGAUGAAGUUAACAUAGACAAGGUGAGGCGACAGGCUCUGCAAGAAGAAAUCGAUAGAGAAUCUGGCAAAACUAAGGUUUUCAGUCCCAAAGUGGAAUGGGGUACAAAGUUUGGCCAGUGGAGUACAGCUGCUUUUCAAAGCUCUGAGGAAGAAAUGAAGUUUUUUAGACUGAUGGGUGGCUUUAAAAAGGGCUCUGUACCUAUCCAAAAUCUCUCAGCAACUACAAACAAAUCAAACAUGGCUCUGAACAGGGAAGGGGAGGAGAAGUUACAGCAGGCUCUGAAGAUGGAAUUCGAUAAAGCAAUGGACUUGAAGCAACAUAGAGGAAUUGGUCUUGGAUUUCAACCAGCUGCCAACAAAAAAGUAUACAUAGACAAAUAUACAUCUAAAUCUAUAAAAUUUGAAGAUUAA